CUCCUUCCACAGAUACAAGCAACCUCCUUUGCCUAUAUAAACCCCCUCUUGCUUCUAUUGUUCUUCCCCCCUCCUCUUCUUCCUCUUCAAUUCAAUUACCCUUCUCUCUCUAAAAGCUUUUUGCUUCUUCAUUCCCUCUUCUUUUGGCCUUAAAAUCCAUCACUUGUUGUUCUUAUUUCCCUUUUUGGGUUUCCGAAUCGAUCGACAUGGAGUAUGAGAAUCGCUUCAGACAACAAGCCGAGAGGCCGAAAUAUGAUUGCCUUCUUUUUGAUUUAGAUGAUACUUUGUAUCCUCUAAGUUCUGGUCUUGCAAAAUCAUGCCUCCAAAAUAUUAAAGAUUACAUGGUUGAGAAGCUUGGCAUAAACCCAAGCAAAAUUGAUGACUUGUCCAACCUUCUUUACAAGAACUACGGCACAACUAUGGCUGGUCUAAGGGCUAUUGGAUAUGACUUUGACUAUGAUGAAUAUCAUAGUUUUGUCCAUGGAAGAUUGCCUUAUGAGAAUCUAAAACCGGACCCGGUGCUAAGGAACCUUUUACUCAGCCUUCCCUAUAGGAAACUUAUCUUCACUAACGCGGACAAGGUCCACGCGGCGAAGGCGCUAAGCCGGCUCGGAUUAGAGGACUGCUUUGAAGGAAUCAUAUGCUUUGAGACUCUUAAUCCAAUCCACAAGACCAGUGUCUCUGAUGAUGAAGAUGACAUUCUGUUUCUUGGAUCAUCAAAGAACAAUGCUUCAAGAACCUCACAAAUCUUUGAUAUCAUUGAUCACUUUUCUAAACCAAAUCCCACUCAUGUGUUGCCAAAGACACCAAUAAUUUGCAAGCCAUCAGAGAAUGCAAUUGAAUUGGCUCUUAAGAUUGCCAAUCUUGACCCCCAAAGAACUUUGUUCUUUGAGGAUAGUGUCCGCAAUAUACAGGCUGGAAAACGUGUGGGACUUCACACUGUCUUGGUUGGUACAUCUCAGAGAGUUAAAGGCGCAGAUUAUGCAUUGGAAAGCAUUCACAACCUUAGGGAAGCAGUGCCAGAACUAUGGGAGGCUGAUAUGAAAUCUGAAGUUGCAUACUCUGGGAAGCUUGCUGUUGAGACAUCAGUCACUGCUUAAUCAAAGAAAUAUUUGAAGAAAUUAAAAAAAAAGGAAGAAGAAAAGAAAUGGAAGAAGACCCCCCUAAUCAUUGUUCA